AUGUAGUCCUACUCAAUUUUUAAUAAUCCACUGUGCCGUGGAGUAAGUUGUAACAGGCGUGGCCAAAACCACUACAUAAGAAAUAAUCAGAGUCAUCAAACACUCUGAUCUGCUCCAAAGUUAGUUUCCCCUUCUUCAGUAACGCUUAGCUAAUCGAAAUAAGAGAUAAAAAUCGGAAGAAGAUAAAAGUAUGGGUUCGACGGCAACGCAGAGCCAGCUGAGGAACCGAGUCGAUUGCGACAAGGAGGAAGCCGACAGCUUGUAUGCGAUGCAGCUGGCCAGCGCCUCAGUGCUUCCCAUGGUGCUGAAAGCAGCGGUGGAGCUGGACCUGCUGGAGCUCAUGGCUCAAGCCGGACCGGGAGCAGCCGUGUCCCCUUCUGAGCUGGCGGCUCAGCUCCCCACCACUAACCCGGACGCAGCCGUCAUGCUGGACCGGAUUCUCCGCCUCCUCUGCACCUACUCUGUCCUGAACUGCUCUCUCCGGACCCUCGCCGACGGCCGGGUGGAGCGGCUCUACAGCUUGGCGCCGGUAUGCAAGUAUUUGACCAAGAACUCCGACGGCGUUUCCAUGGCGCCGCUCUUGGUCAUGAAUCACGACAAAGUCUUCAUGGAAAGCUGGUAUCACAUAAAAGAAGCAAUACUUGAGGGUGGGGUACCUUUCAACAAAGCGUACGGAAUGAAUGCAUUUGAGUAUCCAGGAACAGACCCGAGAUUCAACAAGAUUUUCAACAAUGGAAUGUCUGAUCACUCUAUCCUUACUAUGAAGAAGAUUUUAGAAAUUUACAAGGGGUUCAAUGGCCUCAAAUCUCUCGUGGAUGUCGGCGGUGGGACUGGUGCCACUCUUAACAUGAUCCUCUCUAAAUAUCCCGACAUUAAGGGCAUUAACUUCGAUUUACCUCACGUUAUUCAUGAUGCACUUCCUUAUCAUGGAAUGGAACAUAUUGGAGGAGACAUGUUCGUGAACGUGCCAAAAGGCGAUGCCAUUUUUAUGAAGUGGAUUUGUCACGAUUGGAGUGACGACCAUUGCUUGAAGUUCUUAAAGAACUGCUUCAAAGCACUUCCAGAAAAUGGAAAAAUGAUCAUCAUGGAGUCCAUCAUACCAGAAGAACCGGACACCUCACCAACGACAAGGAAUGUGAUUCAUGCUGAUAUCCUCAUGUUGGCUUAUAAUCCAGGAGGGAGGGAGAGGACUGAGAAGGAAUUUGAGGUCUUGUCUAAGAAUGCUGGUUUCAUACAAUUUCGCAAGGUUUGUUGUGCUCUCAACACUUGGAUCAUGGAAUUCUACAAGUGACAGACUCGAUCACUUUGAAUUUACAAACUAAGUUGAAGUGAAUUUACAAACUAAGUUGUUCUAUUUCCACUUUAACUUUUAUGUACCCUAGUUGGAAUCCUAAUUGUGAAAAUAAGAAUGGGACACAGAGAGCACAAAAAAGAACCUAAUUGUAUUGUACUCCGUAUAAUGUUUUAAUUAUGUUGAAGUCAUUGUUUGAACUCAUAUAUACUUGUUCGUGAAAGAUGGAUGUGCACUUUAAGAG